GGAAGCCGGGAGGCCGCAGCGCACCCACUCGGGGUUCCGGAGAGGGGCCACCCUCUCGACCCCCCAGUGCUCCCGGGGGCGGCAGGAAACCGCCUCGGACCAGUCGCCGGGAAAACGUGGUCUUAGCUGUGGGGGGGGCUUCGAGCAGGCCUCGACCCCUCUGUCUGACCCGAGGAGAGGCCCAGCGCCUCAUCCUCACCCGGCCUUUGUGCAGGGCGCCGGCGGCCAUUGUGUCCGUGCGGGGAAUGGAGGAGCCGGCAAUCUGCCACCGCCGCGUCUGGGGCCUUUGGGGGAUUCUAAGAAAGCCCGAGACGUUUCUGGGGUGUCCCAGGCCUUCAGUCUCCCGGAAAGGCCCAGAGAUGGCUUUUCCGAAGUCAGACCGCAGAUGCGAGAUAGUUUCCCCCUCCUUUCGUCCCCCAUCGAAACCUUGAGCCCCAUUGAGAAGUCCCUUCAGGGUUUCAGAAGCCUCACCCUGGGCUGGUACUUAAAUAGGGGAGGGAAAAAAAAAAAAAAAGCCUAAACCCACACCAGCCACCUCCAGGAGAGUUCUCCUGGCUCCCAGUAGGAGGCGGAGAGCCAAGGGGCGUGCGAGAGCGAGGGGGCUGGGCUCCCGGGUGGCAGGAGGCCGUGGCUACGGAGCGGCCGCCCUGGAUCCAGGCAAUGGAAGAGGAAACAAGCGAGGGGGCCGGUUCCUGCGCUUCAUAAUUCCUGUGUCGCCUCCUGGGCUCCCAGCCUGCCGGGUCGCAUGAUCCUUUCAAGCCAGAGCUGGUUUUUUUGCCGGCCGCCGCGAGGUCGGCUGACUUACCGGCAUCCCGGCUGCCACCUCCUCUCGCGACCUGUGAUACAAAAGACCUGGGGGGCUGCACCUGCCUGCCGUCGCCUGAGACGGAUUUGAAUCUCUUUCUCUCCCUUCAGAACCAUAUCUUGGCUUUGGAUCUCAGAAGAGAAGCACUAAGCAGAGACCAGACGCGGUGAGAAAGCAGGUGUUUUGGACAAUGGACUGGUCGAACCCAUCCCUAUUAUAAAAAUGUCUCAGAGCAACCGGGAGCUGGUGGUUGACUUUCUCUCCUACAAGCUUUCCCAGAAAGGAUACAGCUGGAGUCAGUUUAGUGAUGUGGAAGAGAACAGAACUGAGGCCUCAGAAGGAACUGAAUCAGAGAUGGAAACACCCAGUGCCAUCAAUGGCAACCCAUCCUGGCACCUGGCGGACAGCCCUGCAUUGAAUGGAGCUACUGGCCACAGCAGCAGCCUGGAUGCCCGGGAGGUGAUCCCCAUGGCAGCCGUGAAGCAAGCGCUGAGGGAGGCGGGUGAUGAGUUUGAACUAAGGUAUCGGCGGGCAUUCAGUGACCUGACUUCCCAGCUCCACAUCACCCCAGCAACAGCAUAUCAGAGCUUUGAGCAGGUAGUGAACGAACUCUUCCGGGAUGGGGUGAACUGGGGUCGCAUUGUGGCCUUUUUCUCCUUCGGUGGGGCACUGUGCGUGGAAAGCGUAGACAAGGAGAUGCAGGUAUUGGUGAGUCGGAUCGCAACUUGGAUGGCCACUUACCUGAAUGACCACCUAGAGCCUUGGAUCCAGGAGAAUGGCGGCUGGGACACUUUUGUGGAACUCUAUGGGAACAAUGCAGCAGCUGAGAGCCGAAAGGGACAGGAGCGCUUCAACCGCUGGUUCCUGACGGGCGUGACUGUGGCUGGCUUGGUUAUGCUGGGCUCACUCUUCAGUCGAAAAUGACCAGACACUGACUACCCACUUACCCUCCUACCCCACUCCUGUCCCCACCACAUCCCCAUCCAACCACCAUUGCCACCAGGAGAACUACUACAUACAGCCCACAGCCACCCACCCAUAACAGGGUUGGCCCUAGACCUUUUCCCCCCCGCAGUUAGUUUUCUAGAAUUUACCACGCUUCUCUGACAGCCACCUUCCCCUACAAUUCAUCUGUUCUUCUGUCCUCAAAAACCACAAAGUUUUCCCAAAAUCUUCCCCAUGGAAGCUGGCAAGUGUGGCGGGGGUUGUGGCUGGGGGCUGGAGGGCCUUACCUGAUUGGUGGAACCCACUUUUCCCUUAGCCUCUCCAAGAAGGCUUUCCUGCCAGGGAGCUGGAGAGUUUUCUGACCUUUUUUCCCCAGAAAGAGACUAGAUUGCCUUCGUUUUGAUGUUUGUGGCCUCAGAAUUGAUCAUUUCCUAUCUAGCUCUAUACCCCAGGACCUGGGAUCCCUUUCCUUUCAUCCCCACUCCCCAAGAGUCGAGUAGGGGCCACUUCUGACUAGGGAUUCAGUCUGCUUGGGAUAAAGAAGCAAGGACCAGGACCCCAUCCCCACCUCUGACCUGGCCAAAGUCCCUUCCCCCCAGUCCCAAUGUCCUCCAGAGACCUCUGGCUGGAGGUCAGUCCCACUCAGGAGGGAGGGAUCUGUAGCUGCAGGAAGUACCCUAUGCCAAAGCUAAGGAGGCCCUUGCAGUUUAGCACCACCCCAGUUCCUUUCCCUUCCCCUGGCUCCCAUAACCAUGACUGAGGGACCAACUGGGCCCAAGACAGGUGUCCCAGAGCUGUUUAUGGCCUCAGCUGCCUCCCUUCCUGCAAGGAGAUCAGCCUGUGACAUCUUGGCUUUGGGCUGCUGCCCAUGGGGUCCAGAGUUCAAGGCCUCAGCCCAAAAGUAAAGGAGAGCUAAAGGGAGCAGCUGUGGAAGCCCUAGGGUCUUCCCUACCUCAGGCAGGAAGGGCAGAAAUGAGAGCCUCAAGCAGAGGAUAGAGGUAAGGCUGGCUGGAAGGCCAGUCCUGCCUGGCCAAACAGAUUUGUACCCCACCCCCAUUCAGCCUGGGCAGCCGGGCUACCAAGGUUAGAGUGGCCUGGCCAGGAGUCCCUCUCAGGCCUCCCUCUCUCCUCUGCUCCACCCAUGGCCUGUCUCAUCCCUAGGGGUCCCAGCCUAGCCCUGGCCACCCUGGGCUCUCUGCUGUACAUAUUCAAGACUAGUUUUUAUUCCUUGUGAAGAUGAUAUACUAUUUUUGUUAAGAGUGUCUGUAUUUAUGUGUGAGGAGCUGCUGGCUUGCUGUGCGUGUGCACGUGGAGAGCUGGUGCCCAGAGAUUGAACAGCCUGACGCUCCCUCCCCUGCCCUGGUCCGGGGAAGCCAUCCAGGGGUCCUGGCUCCUGAGGGGCACCUGUCCCUCCCCCCACCCCCACCCCACACUUGUUCCAGCUCUUUGAAAUAGUCUGUGUGACUGUGAACGUGCAGUUCAGUAAUAAACUAUGUUGAAUCAGUGAACAAA